AGGUUCAUUGGCUGGUAGCCUCAUAAUGUUCUCAGAGUCUGGGGUGUAUAAGAGGGUUUCACCAAAUAUACCCCACAGUCCAACAACAGCCCUGAACUCUACAACAUGGCUGAUAAAGAUAACACGAUAACACAGGAGUUGAAACAGCCAAAGUAUGGAUUUGGAUGUGGCCAAAACCAAAGCCAAGAUUUGCAACAAGGUUCCACUCAGAGCCACCGGCCCCGGAUCCGGCCCACCCAAGUUCAAACAGCGGAGCAGCCGCCAGUUCAAGAACAAACCUCCUAAGAGGGGCGUCACUGACUUUGGAGAGGAGAUCCCAGGAAUGGAAGGGCUCGGCUCUGACUUUACCGUAAUCUGUCCAUGGGAAGCGUACAGCCAUCUAGAGCGACAUGAACUGGCUCAGUAUGGCAUCAUUUGAGGCUGACAUGUAUUUUAUGUAAUAACUGAUGUGGAUGAGAGAAGGAUCAUCAUUAUUGGCUGCUUUUAUUGUUUUAUUGCCUCAAACCAAUAAAUGAGUAUGAAUGAUGAAUGAGCAAAAGGUUGCAUAUCAUUAAUGCUGUUCUUUUGGUUUAUACCUUCAGUUUAUUUUCAUAAGACUCACAAGCUGCUAUUUAAAGUGAUACUGAAUGUGUCUAUUUGUCAUUGCCUGAGGCCGCAGUGGGAGCUGUAACUGCACAACUGACAGCCUCAUGUUUGAUCAAAUUCAGAAUAAAGCUUGGAUUUUUUAAAACAAUUUGAAACACUUCUUCUUGUUUUUGCUGAACUUAUUGUGUUCUUAAACCAUGCUACACUAUUUGAAACACUACAAAAUUCCAGUUAUAAGGCUUCAUUUGUCCCUUUGACAGUUUGACAUUUUGGGAAGUACAUUUCUUUGCUUUCUGUCUGAGUAAGAUGAGUAGAAUGAUAACAGACUUGUGCCAAAUGUUGUGCAAAGAAGUAUUUCUUAGCAGUAACGUCCUGGUGUUUCUGACUGGACAACUCACUGACCUUCACAUUUUAUGUUGGAAUUUGUGACCUUAAAAUUAAUUAUUUUUCAUUUUCACUGACAAAACACAUGGGAGUUUUUUCAAUCAAGCUGAGUAAAACAUUUUGUUUGG